AUGAUUUUAGGUUUGCAUAAGUGUCUGCGAUCACCCUCUGAUAGCAAGGGCAACAGCCACAAACAGAUGCGCGAUUCUGAGGACUCACCUUCAUCCCAGCAACAGUGUUUGCCACAAAAAAUCCAACAGAGUAAAGGCCGAGUUGCAGUGCGUGAUUACGAGGUAGCUGUGCAGCAGCUAAUUGAAUUUUCCAUUAGCUCUUUUUGCACCCGCCUUGCUUCUGAGUAUGCGUAUCCAGACCACAUGACUCAAGUAUUGUGGGCAAAGGAGGCAUGGAAGGAGGGAUGUGCAUCUUACGAGAUCGAGAUAGCCUUCAAUAGCGAGAUCAUACAAAUUAUUACUUGUCGCAUGUCACAUCUCACCAGUCAGGUGAAAGGGAAGGUUCGUUCACUUAUCAAGAAUAUUUACGGCUUCGAGCAUGGCAGUCGGGAGUCUGUCAAGUCCAGGAAUCGCAGACUGGCCCGUCAGCUCAAGAACAAGUUUGGUCUAUGUUAUCAGGUGAACGAGAAAACUAAGGUCCCUCGCAGUAGGCCUUUUCGCAUGAAGUUGAAUCAGAAAGCAGCAAAUCUGCUCUGGUAUAGUAACAAGAAAGACGAAGGGGUAAUGUUUGAGAAGCUUUUUACUCCGUUUCCCAUUCCUGCCUUGGCAUUAGUGUACACAGCGGCAGAAUGUUGUGUCGACGAAUGGGUUGACAGUGAGCGAACAGAUAUUAGUUUUUUGUGUGGCGAGUACAAGGAGGCUUAUGACAAGCACCUUGCUAACCUCAACAAAUUCCACUUGUGA